ACACGACGCACGUCGCUCUCUCUGUACUCACUCAUCUUGUCUACCCUCCGAACACUAUAUCUAAGAUGUUGUGCCCUCACUGCCUGGGGCCGCCAUGCACACCGUCUGCGGAAACGAAAUACGGACACAGCUAAGAUCGCGAAUCCAACACUGAACUCGCGGUGGAGAGGCGUUCACAUCAGAUGGAGGACACCAGAGCUGCUCGAACUCCGGUACGUGAAUGCUGAGACGAGGCCCCGCGGAACACCACUAGCGCUUCCUGAUCUUGCUUUUAACGUCGCCGGCAUUGUCUCUCAUGAGCGCCGACCCGAUCUUGAGUCGUUUCAUAGGCUUUUGAUCCACGUAGCACUCAAGCCUGAGCCUUGCAAUCGUUUCCGCACACUUGCUCAGAGAGAAGUCUUGAAUAGUACCACUGGCAAAGAUUGCCUUGACGAGCUUGAGACACAGCUCUCGGACUGCUACCCGACUCCUGAACCUAUUCUUUGUCAAAAUUCAUCUUCACUCUCGCUCCUUUGUGUGCGGACUUGAGUAUCGUGGCCCUCUUUCGGCUCGGCUUGAUCUGCAGACAUCAUUGACAUCUAGUUACGCUCGAAUUGACUUGAAAUAUAUGACAGUGUAUAGCCCAGAAUACUUGAUACUGGUGAGUCAGAGUUUUCCAGGUUUGCUAUCCUUUAUCUCUUUGCAUGUUCCAGCCCUCGAUCCUCGGCACUGGUGAUUGAUUUCUGGUCACCCCUUUCAGCUUGUUUAAAUCCGUACCCGUCUCUUCACAUGUGCGUAAAUGCUAUUUGACUGACACGAUCCCGAUCCUAGGCACCAGUGACAUGGACUCGAAUGCCGCAUAAGCAGAUCGAAGACUCAGGACUGUCUCGUUCCGAGUUUCUCGUACCCACCCCGAAAUACAGCAUCGUCCGUAACAGCCCAUUCAGGACGAUCUCAUUUCCGACUCUUAGCGAGGCGCAAAACCUGGUGUUACGAGAGCACUAGGGUUAUGGGUUUCUCUGGGUUGUCUGCUGGCUAGAGACUGCCGGAAACAGUCCGCUGUAGUGCUGCGUCGCGUGGGUGGCCUGCACUGGCAGCUCUCCCUCGAAGACGUCAUGGAGCCUAAAUCAUAUCUGCUCAGUCUUUUCGACCGUGUCUUCAUUAAUAUCUACGCAUCGAUUGCCCUUCUCUACCGACAAGGCCGGGCCCGGACGCAGCAGAGCACGGCAUUCCGAGAGACUUGCGGAAGCCACGUCUAACUUAGUCAAGUGCAUAAUCACAGAAACAUUCCACGGGCACGCGGUGCAACAGCUGGUCCGAAAUUUCGGCUUCCCACCCCGAUAGCUGCUCUGAUGACUUUGGCCUCUUCCUUCAUGUCCUUUCUAACUGCAUCUUGUUCAUACGACUCCCGAAUACUUGUCCGACUCGGUCCCCAUGCGUUUUUACAAAGCUCGAUAGCGUUGUCUGAUAAUCGGGCGUGGACAGGAAUCGGCUUCGCGCCGGAUUAAUAGGACCGGUCAACAAAGACACCUUAACUAUAAAGAGGAGAGAGGGCUCGGAAGAAGUACCCUGAUCUUUGGUACCUUGUCUUCAUCCGUCGAACUCCUCCAACUAUCGAUCCACUUUGCCUGCUUUGUCGUUCGCCGGGUCAUUCCAUGACAGAAUACACUACUUCGUCUCAGGCGAUCCGAGAUUAUCUGUCCAGCAAAGAACGCACUCGCCAGUGGGUCCAGCACCGUACAGACCCGCCAGAACUAUGUUACUCUCCUUCGAUCGUGCCCUCGAUACUCGACGACCCCGAUUUCGUUCCUUCGACACCCUCAGAUGCCGGCAGCACGCACUCCCUUCCCCAAAGAUGGUGCUGAGAUACACCGACGGUAGGCCCGACGUGCCGAUUCCUGCGCCGACCUUGAAACGGGGCGGGUCCAAGUUGCGGCCGACGGGGACCAGUCGGUCGCACACGAUACCCCACCACGACCGCCCGCGCACAGGCUCACACGCUGCACCCCACGUCCCUGAAGAAAUCCGGAUUCUCCCUGCCCCCGACGCAUCGAUUCCCCCGCAGCCACGGUCUCACGCGCGGUCAAAGUCCCUUCCCAGGAAUGCGCAUGCAGAGCCUGUUCCUGACAUGCCUAUUCCCGGCCUGCCUGGACCAGUUCCGCUGUCCGGCAGGGCGCCGAUGGUCACCUUCUCUCAGCAGCCUGGCCCGCAAUGGCACCCUCACUCCCAGGGGCACCGGAACGCCCCGCCGUCUAUCGUAUAUGCGCCCUCGCAUCACAGAUCGCACCCACACUAUGCUCCGCCUGUGAUCUUUUCCCACCCACCCAAGGUCGGGCCAGACGGGGUCAUCUACAGCCACUCUGCGCCUGUGCCAGCCAACUACGGGCAGUCGUACCACCCGACCCCGUAUCCGUCUGUCGGAUCUGACGAACGUCACACUGCCGAGCGACACUCACGCUCGCGCACGCCCCACCCAGAAGCGAGCCGGUCACGCCACCGUCACAAAGAGGAGAUGCGGCCGGUGAGCCCUCCCUCGUCGAGUUCUUCUUUGAGUGACGGCUCGGGCAGCACGUACUAUGUCCUUCCGACUGGGCGACAGAAGGUGCACGUUAUCCACACGCCGGAUACUAGCGCUUCUUCAGGCCACCGCUCGCAUCGUCGCGCAGACUCCCACUCUUCCAAAUCACCCACUUCCCCACAUUCACCGAAUUCUCCGAAGAAGCCGCUCUUCCAACGCUUGUUAGGAGCUGGGCAGCGGCUCUUCUCGACGUCGUCAGGUGAUGGGGCAGGCUCCUCAAGCUCCCAGAGCGGCUCGGUACGAGGCAAGCGGCUGCAGAGGCGGCAUUCGACUGGCACUCGCAGCCAGAGUGUUCCGCCUGCCGAGCGCCCAGCUUGAUCGGCGGUUUUCUGGAAUUACUAUUCUCUUUGCUCACGUCUCGCUCGACCCUGGACCCACGGCUGUACAUGCUACCUUUGUCACUUCAUAAACGCUUUUCCGUUUGGAUCACCGCGGACCUUUGUGUCCGCGAUCACCUUCCUUUGCUUAGACUCUCCUAGUCCGCUCCUUCUAUGUCCGUAAGACUCCUGCCUGCCUGCUGCCCAUUUUCCUUCUGUCCAUCGCGAACGCGUCGUCGCUGUACCCUCCGUUUACCCAGAUCGCAACCCAAAAUCAAAUAGAAUGAAUGAAGAAGCCGAGUUUAUU